AUGAAAUUUCUCACUUCUAACUUUCUCAAGUGCUCAGUCAGAGAAUGCGACAGAAGCAACGAAAACUUUCCUCUCAAGUAUAAUGGGGAGAAGUGCCAGUUGGAACAGGACGAGAGUUUGGAGUUUAAUCCUGAGUUUUUACUGAGGAUCAUCGACCGCGUCGACUGGAGCGCCGUUGUCAGUGUGGCUAUUGACCUGGGGAACUCAAGCCUGCCUUCCAGCAAGCCUGAGUUCACCAGCGAAGACCUGUCGGACGAAGACAUGAUAAUCCUGAAAGACCUGCAUACACUUCUCAUCAAAACCAACAUCGUCGAAGGAGAGAUGUCUUGCCGGAACUGUGGCCACAUUUACUACAUCAAAAACAGUAUUCCUAACCUACUGUUGCCACCUCACUUAGCAUAG